AUGUACUUCAUCCUUUCGAGCAUUGAUAUGGUAGCAUUCAGCCUUUACAAGUACUAUCUGAAGAAAUGGAACUUGACAAAGUCCGUCCCUAAAGAAAAAAAGGAAGCUGCUGUCACUGCCCUCGGAAAACGCGUCCGGGAUGAUAGCACAUCUACUACUGUUAUUAGAUACAAAGGAGGUGAGAUAGACAAGAAGCGACUUCGUCGACACAUAGUUGAGCUAGAGAGGACACACAAUAAAAACAUGGCAGUACUAUACUCAGGCGGAAAUACUUUCAUACGUUGGAACUUACCAUAUCGUGCAUUCUCGUCGUCUACAUCUGCAGCAGCCAAUCAUCGAUCCCCAUACUGGACAACAGACUCGACGCCAAGUGACAUCUCUGUAGUCAGUCCAAGUGCCAACAGGAUCGGAGGCAGUCCUUUUAUUAACGGCCCAUCUCUGUCAGAUGCGCCAUCUCCUACUGUGCUUGACACUAACAACAUGGCUUUAUCAAUUUGGCUAUUCUCCUUCAAGACAGCCAAGUAUUGGGGCGUUGGGCCAAGAAAUUGGACGUCAGAUAUUCUCGAAUUUGAUCGCUAUCGAGAUAAAGUAUCACAAUCCUUGUCAAAUACGCCAAACUUCAAUGGAGAGAUACCAGCAACCCCUAGGAGUAGCGCUGCCAUUGAUAUCAUUGGUGAAUCAUCAGAUUCAAACCUCCAUCCAGCUCAAUUAUGCCGGUGGGCCAUUCACGCAAACAUCGGUGUCUAUUACUCAGGAAUAUCGAGUCCUGGUUCUGUCUACUCAGAAGGCUUGAGCGACAGUGAAGACUCGGUGAGUGGAGAGCCAGAAAGUGAAGACUGGGAGAAUGGAGAUUUGGAUACCCGUGACCCUGAUACUUGGAAGAGAUGGCAAGCCAAUCGCAAUCCCACCAACUUUGCGAGAAAGCUGAGAGCUGCGUUGAAAAAUAAUCUCUUCAGUAAUAUUUGCGCCUUUGAUCUGCCUAUCACUACCACGUCAUUGUCAGAAGCUGCGAAAACUUCAUCUUCUGCUUUAUUGAUGGAGUGUUUUGGUUUCGCCAUCAUGACCAGGAAUCCGAAGCUCUUUUGGAAGAUUUUGCCCAGAAUCGAAACUACAGUCGUGCUGAAUAGUAAUCUCUAUCCUUUACAUCUAGCAACAAGCUUUUUAGAUGGGUCUAAAACAUGUUGCAAUAUUCUCGACGCAUUGGUGAAUCAGAUGGGCGAAUACAGCUCUGUGCGCAAGCUCUUCAUCAACGAUCGUGGCCACACAGUCUUGGAUAAUCUCAUGAUGGCAAUCCUGAAAUCACAUACGUCUUGCUCACCAUUAACUGUAGACAAUUCUUUCAAAGACUUGAAUCAUUGGCCGGGAGAAGAAGUUGACAUUUGUGGGAGAUGGGAUGCAGAUUCGCCGUGCGUCCGCUCUCACUUAGCUGGAGGCAAUGCUUCCAUCCCAAUCGGUUGGAAGCACAUGUUCUGUCAUACCUCCGUCCAAACUAUUUGUCACUGUAUCGGCCGUAUUUUUGGACCAUCAUAUGCCCCUAAGAUCGAUACGCCAAGCGGGCUUUUUUAUGAAACACUGUCAAAAGUGUGGGCACAAACUCCAGCUAUUACCCCUCCACUCACUUGUUCUGUUCUGGUGUGCCUUUUAGCAAAUGGUGCAAAUCCUCUUGAUCGGGCAGCCAUCUCGAUGAAAGCGCUUACAGACCGAGACAAUGCAAACGAAUGCAGUCAUGAACUUCUCGAGCCAAUUGAUAUUGCGGAUAAGAUCCCCCGCACGCUUAUUUCAUCAUGGACUUCCGAUGCAAGAUUAGGAUGGAACGUCUUUUGCAGUGUUUUACGCUACGCUGGGAAUGAAAGAAGAUCCAGCGAAGUCACAACGCGUUCAAGUGUGAACCCGAUGAAUCGCGGCGACGAUUUCUCGGCUUUUCUAGAGUAUGGCAGUGAUAGUGACGUCGACAUGAAUGAACGAAGUGGAGAUAGAGAUGAAAAUGAAGCGGAGACGGAAACACAUUCUCCAGUGUGCGACCACGACGAACCGAACAAUAACUUCUAUGGACGAAGCGAUGUUGUAGGAAAACUGUGA